AUGGGCGACUAUGAUGAUGACGAACUUCGACGCAUCUUCGUCGAGAUGGCCAAACACAACUCUCUACAUAUUGAGGGUGGCGAGAACGGCCGACACGCCCGUCUAUUGGCAGCACAGAUCAGUCGUGGCCGAGGGCAGGCUGGAUUUGGAAACGCUCAUACGCUUAACGCGGCGUACCGCGAGGCUUUAUACCGGUGGGUAGCUCGCAUUAGAAAAAGUAACCGAGAAGGUUCUGCCGCAACUGACGAAAAGGUUCUGACCAAAGAAGAUAUCAUCGGGCCUCGACCGAGAGAUGUCCGUAACGAGAGUAAAGCGUGGAAAGAGCUCCAAAGCAUGGCGGGCUUGGGGGAUGUCAAGACAGCUGCUAGAAACAUCUUCGAGCGAGUGAGAACCAACCAGCAAAGAGAACUUAGUGGCGAAAGGCCUCUGGAAACCUCACUCAAUAGAGUGUUCAUGGGCCCACCAGGGACUGGAAAGACUACCGUAGCGAAGCUAUACGGUCAAAUAGUGGCCGAUGCUGGCCUUCUGUCAACCCAAGAAGUUGAAGUUAAAACACCGAGCGACUUCAUUGCAUACUACAUAGGAGAAUCGGGGUCUAAGACUAACGCCAUACUCGACUCUACAAGAGGAAAGGUCCUAAUCAUAGACGAUACCCAUAUGUUCUACCCGGUGAACAGAGCGGAUAUAUCGAAACAGCCAGACGAUUGUAGGAUCGGGCGCAUCGAUGUUCUCGUGUCCAAGAUACGCAACCAGCCGGGCGAGGACCGCUGUGUGACCCUUGUCGGCUACCCAGAUUUGCUUGAAGAGAUGUCUCGGAACUGCAAUCCUGGUUUACGAAGGCGCUUUCCGCUCGAAGAAGCCUUCCAAUUUUCAGACUACGACAACAAGAGACUGAGAGAGAUUCUCCAGUUGAAGACGAAGGCAUACCAAAUUACUUGUACUGAAGCAGCUACGAACGUCGCAGUAGAAGUCUUACGUCGAGCGAGGGACCGUCCUGACUUCGGAAACGGAGGUGAUGUUGUGAACCUUCUAAGUCAGGCCAAGAUUAGAUACCAUAAGAGGAUUUUAAAACAGAAGAAUGGAAGGAUAAUUGGCCUGACUAGCAAGAAAUAUGACAACGAUUCAGUCACAGGGAAGCAAGACGACACUGGCCUAAAAGUACACGCUGCCAGGGGCUCCAGGUAUUCCUCGCUUGGGCUUGAGGAGAUGACCGGAACGUGUCUCGAACCCAGAGACUUUGACCCAAACUACGACCGUGGUGCUACUGCCAGCGAGCGAUGUCGAACCUUGUUCAAUGGACUCCACGGGUUUGAGGGCAUCAUCCAACGUUUCGAAGAGUGCCAACGAGAGGCCGAAAACUUGGGGCUCAGUUCCAAGAACCCAAAAGAGAGCAUACCAUCCACAUGUGUAUUUAAAGGUCCCCCGGGGACCGGGAAGACCAGGACAGCCAGGAUAAGCGGCCAGAUAUUCUACGGCAUGGGGUUUCUCUCCACCAACGAAGUUAUUGAGUGCUCUGCUACAGACCUCAUAGGCCAAUAUAUCGGCCGCACAGGCCCGAAAGUGAUUGAAUUUUUUGAAAGGGCGCUGGGAAAGGUUUUUUUUAUUGACGAGGCCUAUAGACUAGGACCCACCCGCCGAGGUGAACGGGGCAGCUUCACAGAAGACGCAGUUGGGGAGCUCUUCGACUGCAUAACGAAACCCCGGUAUCAACGAAAGAUGGUCAUCAUUUUAGCGGGAUACACACAGGAUAUAGACCAACUCAUGGAGGUUAACGCUGGCCUCCGAGGGCGCUUCGCGACCGAAAUCGAGUUCCCUCCCCUAGGCGUAAGGGCCUCCACGUAUCAUCUGCAAAAUACUAUCAGGAAGAAAGACAUAGCCCUGACGCGGGGCGAUGAUUCCGACGAAACGGAAACCAAGCAAAUAACUAGGCUACUGAUGAAAUUGAGUAUGACAAGGGGCUGGUCAAACACAAGAGACAUUGAAACGCUAGCAGAUAUCAUCGUCGCUAACAUGCACAAGAACAAGGACGUGGCCAGGAGGAGACAAAUGGAUGAGAUGCUGGAACUCACAAACAGUACUCUUAUCAUGCAUUUGAAGUACAUGCUUCGACAACGGACUGGGGGGGGUAGAAAUUAA